CCUAUUUCCAAGGUGGAUUUGAAAGAGAUAAUUCUUCCUGAAGUAUUAGCCAAAUUAUCAUUAAGUAACUUCAACCAUCUUAUUUUCUGAAUUCAUUUGUAUGAGAACUGGGUAUGAGAGUUUAGGAGAGAGUGGUAGCAGUAGUAAGAUACAUGGAAGCCAUAAUACUGGACCUCUAAUAUUGGCUAUGUAUCUUAAUGUAGGUAAACUUGAACAUCACCAACAUGAGUGAGGUUGAGGGUCAUAUUUGGGCGAAGUUCCAAAGCUUGGUUAGAACCAAAAGAGGUAGGAUACAUGACGAUUACAAAGCAUGUGGCGGUGGGGCUAAGGCAAGAGAAAGUAUACCAAAAAAUGUGAUGAGAAUACUUGGAAACAUCUAUGUGAUUAUUGGGAUGACAUACUUGUCCAGGUAUACUUUUUUAUAUUUUUCUAGUAACUGGUUUUUUGGUUUUGACAAACUUAGAUUUACUAAGUUGUUUAUUGUAGGCUAAGUGUAAGCAAAAUGCAUUGAACCGAAGCAAGUUAAAGCAUCCACACAACCAAGGACCCAAUGCAUUUGUGCCCUCGCUUCAUGAAAUGAAAGCACGUGAAAAGCUUAAAGGCAAUGAUGACUUCGAUAAGAUGGAUUUCUAUGAGCGGACAAGAAGUAAGGAUGGAAAAUGGAUCAAUAACAAUGUGAAAAAAGCACAUGAGAAGAUGCGAGCAAAGGUGGAUGAAAGCAAAGACACCAAUCAUCCUAUUGAUGGAAAUAAUGCAUUUAAUGAUGUCCUAGGAACCAAAUCAAGUGAUUGUGCAAGCCUCGGACAUGGUCCACCUCCUCCAGCUAAAAAGGCCACAUACAAGGAAUUAAAUGAGCGAUACAGGAGACUAGAAGAGCAAAACAGCUUGUUGUUGCACGAGCGCGAUGAUUACAAUGAACAAUUGACUUCUACCAACAAUAAGAUGAAGGAACUCGAGGACAAUCACAAUGAACAAAUGGCUUCGUCAAUGGAUAGGGUGAAAGAACUAGAGAAGAAGGGUGCAUUCUUUGACAACGGUAACCGUGGACAAUGGUAAGAUACACGAAAUUAUCCAUUUCAAUAGUCUAUAUAUUAUGAUUGAGCUUAGAAUAUGUCUAGAGAUAGGGAUAAUUUGUCUAAGAUUGAGUUAGUACAUUUGUCAUUUUUCAAGAAUGAAGGGAAAAUGAACUUUAUUUCCACCUGCUACAAUUCAUUAGAUUAAUGAAGCAAUGAUUGGUAU